AUGACGCAACGACAGCAGCAAGUCGCUCAAAACGUCACCAGUCGGUACUUGAAGAAGGCUAGACUCCAGCAGCUCCUUGAGAAGAUCUUCCCGGGGCACACUGAUUUUGAGAUUGAGAUGAGGGAUGACGUUUGGCAUUUCAAGGCGCCGAAGGAAGUUGAUGCCGUAUGUCUUUUCUUGCUCGAAGCCCCCCUUCAACGGGGAAAGUCUUGUUUCGGGAGUCCGAUGCUGACGAGAAUUACAGGACACGAUAGACCUUACCUGCUACACCGGCGUUGGCCUGCGACGUCCAUGGCGCCGACGCAACAAGAGUGCUUCGUCGAAGAUGUCAUCGAGCCCAUCCGCAUCUGCGGCGUAACGCGCCUGCCAGCGGAGGGCGGUAGUGAUGGUGAGGAGGAGAGGGUCGCCAAAGUCAAGCACCAGCAGCGUGCCAUCGCCAACUUCGACGAGCUGAGCAUAUGCCUAGACGACAUACAGAGCCGCAGCGAGGAGCAUGUCCAUCAUUUCAUCUCAAUCUGCCAGCGCAACUCAUGGAGGCCUCUACAGAUCACCCUCCCCAUGUUCGAGCUCGUCAUGGAGAAACUCAGCUUGAACAGCUCGUUGCGGGAUAUCGUCUCGUGCUUCUACACGCGGAACAUGAACGUGGAAGAGGUGUUUUGUAUGCCGUAUACCGAGCGGCGAAAGGGGUCCGUGGUCGAAGUAUCGUACACAAUUCGAUACCCCGAGUACAAACCCGAAGAGGAUACGUGGGUGAUUCGUCAGACGGGUGUAUACCACCGCUGCGACGCUGCGUCCCGUCAGAGUCUCUUCGUCAUGAUCAACCCGACGCCGAACUCACAAGCCAGCGACCGAGCCAUCGAAUGGCUCUCGGGCAGGAAUAGCGCAGCAGGCUCCGAGACCGAGACACACGAUCAUGUCUGGCUGCAUAAACUCGUCUUCGAGACAUAUCUGCCCGCGUGGAGGUUCUACAUUGCUUCAAUGGAGCGGCAGUUUCUACCGUUGUCAUACAAAACACUAAUCAACUUCAUCGACGAACCUACCACAAUGAAACCAAGCCAUCUCACAAAGCUAGCCAGCCUCGCGAACCGGUUCCAGACAAUCUCAUCAAUCUUGGAAUCGUCCGAGGAGACGCUGUCGGAGCUAUCUGCCCUCUGCACCCACCGUCUGCUGCUGCCAAAGGGAUCACCCGUGAAGAAUGCAGACAACGAAGUAGUACAAGAAUCAGCAUCAGAGUUUGAAAACUUCCGCCGCCAGUGCAGAGCCUUCUCGCGGACGGCGACGGACCUGCACCACCGCGCGCAAACGACGUCGCAGCUGCUGGCCAACACGCUCUCAUUCCGGGAACAGCUCGAUUCCAGGAAGCAGAAUGAGAACAUGUUGAGAUUGAAUAAGUCGGUGGUGUUUAUUACUACACUGACGCUGCUUUACUUGCCGCCUUCGUUUAUAGCUACAUUCUUUGGAAUGAACUUUUUUAACAUGGACACUGUGACUGGCAAGAUUGUCGGCAGUCCGAUGAUUUGGAUAUAUGCGCUCUGCUCUGUAGCGCUCACGACGCUAACCUUUGCGACGUACUACACGAUGCGUGAAGGAAGCUACCUCAACGCUAAGAUAUUGGAGAUGAGAGACCUGGACUGGCGCAGCGUGGCUGCCAGGGAGGUUGAUCUCGAAGACGGCGUGCCGACUGGGUCCCACAAGGGCAGUGACGAGGAUAUGUCUGCUGCCGUCAUCGCCAACGAUGUUGCCGGUGAACUCGUCGUCUUCAGAUAG